UCCUUCAACUCAGUUACUUUUUGAAGUUCAGUCUAACUCAGCAAGAAAGUGAAAAAGUCAGACAGUGAAGAAAAAGCAUUUUUUUUUUACCUCACAAAAUGUUUUUCGUUACAAGAAUUAGUCAUUUGCGUGGGUUUAUAUUUCAGAGUUAGACCGCUACUUUUUAUCUGUGCUUGCAUAUAAAUAAUAACAAAACCCACAGAAGCGUUUGUAGAGCUGCAGUAGUAGCGGGACUGAGGACCAUCAUGCCCGACGUGCCGAAGAUGAAGAAGCCCGACGCGAAGCUUGUUUUCCUGGGAGACAUGAACGUUGGGAAGACGUCGCUGCUCCACAGAUACAUGGAGAGGAAGUUCAAAGACACCAUCAGCACCGUUGGAGGGGCGUUUUUCCUCAAGCAGUGGGGGCCACACAACAUCUCCAUCUGGGACACCGCCGGUCGGGAGCAGUUUCAUGGUCUGGGCUCCAUGUACUGCCGUGGUGCAGCAGCUGUCAUCCUCACCUAUGAUGUCACUAACUGGCAGAGCCUCGCUGAGCUGGAGGAGCGCUUCCUGUCCCUCACUGAUACCGCCAACCAUGACUGCAUUUAUGCCUUAGUGGGGAACAAGGCAGAUCUAACCGAUCCCAAAGCUCACCUUUGUCAGGACUCUGAUGUACUCUCCGAGGACCGCACUGACUGCGAGGAGGCGAGGACAGAACCACAGGUGUUGUCCGCCUGCCCCACACCUCCCGCUUCCCCCGCGUCCCUGUCUGGUAUGCUGCUUCACAAACAGGUUGCACGGGAGGAUGCGGUGGCCCUUUACGGAAGAAUACUGCGAUACAAAGGCCUAGACGAAAAGGGCAGCCUCCCAGCAGAUAGGAUGUGUUUUGAAACCAGCGCCAAAACCGGGUACAAUGUGGACGCCCUGUUUGAGACACUGUUUGAUCUGGUCCUGCCGUCCAUCCUUAGAAAGAGGCAUGAGAACCAGGCCUCUCCGACGGUGGAUCUAGAGGACUGCAGGGAGGCCAGUGGGAAGCGGGGGAAAUCCAGCUGCUGUUAGCGGUGCCAAAAAUAAAUCCUUAAGGCCUCCACCUGCAGACUCCUUUUUAUCAUUGUGAUCACUAAACGUCACCGUGAUGGUACUGCUUUAGUUAGCCUUGACUGAGACUCAUUUCCCAGAGAUGUGAAGAACACAAGUGUAGAUCCAGUUUGUGUAGACAUUAGGAAGGAAAAUAUCCCUUUAUGCAAUAGGACCUUCCAAACUGCACUCUAGACUCCAAAGAUGUGCCUUUGUUUGAUUUGUUGCUGUUGGUAAAUGUUUUACUUCUGUAUUCCCACUUAAUUAACUGCACUAAUCUUUCAUUUCACAGUUUAUUGUAGAACUUUGAUCACAUUUCACUUUAAUCAACUUUUUUUUUUUUUUUACAAGUAUUGAUGCUGAUCUUUAUAUUUUAUUGAAACUGAAUGAGAAAACUGUCAGUGUUGAAAAUUUUUUUAAAAUAUGCCGUCAUAAUAAAGAAUUUUAUUUUGA